UAUUGCAAGUGUUAUUGUUUGGAAAUAUAAGCUAUCACAUUUUUUACAUAUACAUCUUGUAUUGUACUUUUGCAUCUUACAGAAAUCUGUUUAACAGCUGGUAGAAUGUAGAUGCAACAAUUAAACUCUUGCUAAUGACUAAGGUCUACCUGAAUGAUUUAAAUAUUCCUAACAAAAGAUGCAGCUGUCGGAAUAACCUUUACUUGUAGAGAAACCGGUGCCUGAUUCAGACCAAUUGGUUCACUUGUUGAUUUGGUACCAUAUCAGCGUUUACCCGAGAAGAAGUUGUUGAAAAAAGGCUGGAGCUGCUUAGCAGUAUUAAAAGCGAUCGAUGGAAUCGUCAAUAUGUCGUGUUUGCCUGGGGAAUUACGAAAAUAUGGUCAAUAUGUUUGAUGUGACACAUGAAUCGGGCAUAUCCAUUGCAAAUUUGAUUUCUAAGUGCACCGACCGUGACGUUGACAAAGACGAUAUACUCCCCAAAACAGUUUGCGCGACCUGUGUGGAGGAUGCAAAGAACGCAUUCGAUAUUAUUGAUACAUACGAGAGAAGCGACCAAUUCUAUAGAUUCUUCAACGACCUACAGGAAGAGGAACGCGAAAAUGAAGGAUCCAGUUAUUCCGAGGAAGAGACAAUCGAGGACGGCGAAUGUAACGAAGACAAUGACCAAGAAAAUAUCUGUGAAACAGAUUCGCAGCAAAGAAUCGAGGAGAGUGAAGAAGAUUUAGAAUCCACGGAAGAUGAGUUCGAAGAAGAUGAUGAUUCUGAAAAUGACAAAGACUAUGCACCAGACAAUGACAAAGAUUCUAAAAACGUUGAUAAACGUUUCUUUAAUUGUUCGCGUUGCCCGAAAUAUUUUGCCACAAAAUCUAAACUAGAAGUACAUAUUCGAAAACACACAGGUGAACGCCGGUUCCAGUGUUCUCAAUGCUCGAAGAGUCUUCAAACCAAACAAGGUCUAGAAAGACACUUGCAAACACACACAGGAGAGGGAACCUUCAAGUGUACAGUUUGCUUAAAAACGUUUCGGCAGGACUCACAAUUUCAGGCGCACUUGCGAACUCACACUGGAGAACGACCUUUUAAGUGUUCAUACUGCUCAAAGACUUUUGCAUUUAAUAAGAGUCUUAAGAACCACAUGCUAAUGCACACUGGAAAACAACAAUUUAAGUGUUCUCACUGCUCGAAGGCUUUUAUAGAUUCAGAUUGUCUUAAAAGACACUUGCUAACACACACAGGAGAAAGGCCAUUCCAGUGUUCCCAAUGCUCAAAGAAGUAUCCGACUAAACAAAAUCUUGAUAGACACAUGCGGUCCCACACAGGAGAACGUCCCUUCAAGUGUUUACAUUGCCCAAACACUUAUGCCCAUAAUUCACUUCUUCUGAUUCACCUACGAACACACACAGGAGAACGGCCAUUUAAGUGCACCCACUGCCCAAGGACUUUUAUUCAGGACUCACAUCUUCAGCCGCACCUGCGAACCCACACAGGAGAACGCCCCUUCAAGUGUUCUCAAUGCCCGAUGACUUUUAAUCAAUCUUCUGGUCUAAGCGUGCACCUACGAACCCACACAGGUGAACAACCAUACAAGUGUUCCCAAUGCUUAAUGAGUUUUGCUUUUCAACCAAAUCUUAAGCGACACCUGCUAACGCAUACAGGAGAACGACCUUUUAAGUGUUCUUAUUGCUCAAACAGCUAUGCCCAAAAAUCGACUCUUUCGUUUCACUUGCGAACCCACACAAAUGAAAAACCAUUUAAGUGUACUCAGUGCACAAAAACUUUCAGAGGGAAAUCGGCUCUAGCCAUUCACUUGCGAACCCACACUGGAGAACGACCCUUCAAGUGUUCCCAAUGUUCGAAGGCUUUUGCAUUUCAUCCAAACCUUAAGCGACACAUGCAAACGCAUGACGGAAAACGAUAUUUCCAGUGUACCCACUGUCCAAAGACCUUAUCUCGGAAAUCUACUUUGCAGGAACACUUACGAACCCACACAGGAGAACGGCCUUUCAAGUGUUCCCAAUGCCCAAAAUCGUUUAAACAGAAAUCAUCUCAUUACAUACACAUGCAAUUGCACAGCGAGGAGUAUAAGGGAAAAUUCAAGUGCUCCCAUUGCUCAAAGACGUUUGAUAGGAAUUGUUAUCUAACUCAACACUUGCUGACGCACUCGGGAAAACGGGAUUUCAAAUGUACCGAAUGCUCGAAAAGCUUUCGAACUAAACAUUAUCUACAGCGGCACAUGACAAGGCACACGGAAGUGUAGACGUUUAAAUGUUCUGAAUACUCGAGUAGUUCUCGAAAACGACACUAAAAGAUAGAUUUUUAUUUUCAUAUUUAAAGUUUAUAAAACAGCAGUGAAUUAAAGACAGCGAAUAUUUUUAUACUUAAAUAUAAUUUCAU